AAGACAAAACAAUAUGCGCAGAUUCUAAUAGAUUAUUUUAUAAAUAAUUUUAAAAACUACUAGGCGGUAAAAUUUCAAAAUUUUCCGGUAAAUUUUACCUUGGCAACACUUCAAAAACGGCGAAGUCCGAUAUCUUAAUAUCAUUGCCCUCGGUGCAUAUUAUUUACCUCUAUCCAAUAUGUCUACUGCUUCGUUAGAACAAUCAUAUGAAGGAAAUUUUAGCAAUUUAAAACUUACCACUAUUUCCAAAAAAAUUAAUUAUAAAAGUGCUAAAAUUGGAUUAGGAGUUUCGACAUUUAAAGAGUUAUUAGAGGACAGUACAGUAUUUGUCGACAAAACUGUUUUUAUAAAAAAUUUGUUAGAAAGCUCAGCUAAAGUUAUUCUAAUAACUUGUCCUAGGAGAUGGGGGAAAACUUUAAACUUGAGUAUGGUAAAAACGUUUCUUGAAAUUCAAGUUGACAAAAAUAGAAACAGACCAUCUGACAAAACGCUUACUUCUAAUUAUCGACUUUUUCAAGGUAAAGUCGAUUUGUUGAAAGGCAAAACAGAUUACUUUGAAAAGCCAUUAAAUAUUACUCAAUAUAGCGACAUUAUGAAUGAUUACCAAGGUGAAUAUCCUGUUAUCUUUAUUAGUUUUAAAUCUGUAAAGGGUAAAAAUUUUAUUGAAAUUAAAAACAGAUUAAAAGCUGUUAUAAGUGAGGUUUUUUCAGAACACAUAUACUUGAUAAAUUCACUAUAUGAAUUUUCUGCAGAAAGCCAGCCAAAUAGCGAAAUAAAAAAUAUGGCCAAAAUUAAUUUAGCUAAGUUUGACAGAUUAUGUGGAGAAGAUGCUACGGAUAAUGAUGUUAUCGAUAGUUUAUUUUUUUUAUCAAAAUUAUUGCAUAAUUAUUUUGAUAGCAAAGUGUUCUUGUUGUUAGAUGAGUAUGAUACACCAUUCAAUGAUAUAUUGAUGACUCCAAAUUUUUCUAAAGAUGAUGUUGACGAGACUUUCAAGUUUUUAGGUUUAAUGCUCGGCCAAGCAUUUAAGGGAAAUAAUUAUAUGGAAAAAGGAUUGGUUUCUGGCAUUUUCAGAAUUGCAAAGUCAGUUUUGUUUUCUGAUAUCAAUAAUUUUAAAGAGUUUAAUUUUCUAAACAACGAUUUUGCGCAAUAUUAUGGAUUUUCUGAGGAAGAUGUAGAAGGUUUAAUGAAUGAGUUUAAAGUAUCAACAGAUUUAAAGAUAAAAGCUAAAAAUUGGUAUAAUGGUUAUAAAGUUUUAAAUUCAACUUUAAAUCUUUAUAAUCCAUGGUCUAUAGCCAACUUUUUAUCAUCUAAACAAAUACAAAACUACUGGGAAGAGAGCGGCAGUAUUGAUUUUAUUAAAAAACUCUUUAAAGUUGAUCUAAUUAAAACAAAAAUUGAAGAGUUAAUAUGCAAUCAUGAAGACAGAAUACAUAUCAGUGAUCAAAGAGUCAGCGGUAUAGAAAUAGAUUUACAAGGAUUAAAGCUAGGCAAGGAUGAUUAUUUGACACUACAAAGUUUAAUUGAAAAAGGUGAUACUUAUGAAAUAGAUUUUAGCGUUGUUAGCUUAUUUUUCAGUUUUAUUUUUGCAGCUGGUUAUUUGACCAUUUGUGAUUAUCAGAAAGAAGGUAGUGAUAAAACAUAUGUAAGAUUACCUAAUAAAGAAAUUUUUUUUGAACUAGGAAAAAAGUUAAAAAGCUAUUACUGUAAGGUUUAUAAAAUUGACUCCAAGUUGUUUGAUAAUGUAUCAGAAGAAAUUCUUUACCUGUUCAGCAAUGAAGAUACAUUUAAAUUAAAAAUGUCUUUACAAGAACUUAUAAAUGCCUGCCCUGAGUUUGUUAACAUGGGAGUGCAUGGCAAUGAAGCUUUUUUAAAUUCGUUAAUCUUUUAUACUGUUAUACAAAUGAAAUCAAUAUAUAAAUAUGGAACAGAGGUGUGGUAUUCAAAUCAGGCCAGGGCAGAUAUUGUUUUAAUAAGUGAAAAUAUGGAUACUGGAAUGAUAAUAGAAAUAAAGUUUAAACACUCUGCAGAAGAAGCCAUCAUUCAAAGUGCAAAAUAUUGUAAAAUAUUUGAUAAAUAUAGAUUCAAAAGUAUUAUAUCUUUAGGCAUUAAUGUUUCAAAUACUAAAGAAGUUGAUGUUAAAAGAGUUGUUAAAAAGAAUGUUAUUGAAGAAGUUCAAUCAAAAGUUCAAAGAAAGAAAAAGAAAUUUUAGUUGAUGACUUUUCAUAAAGGUUUAAAGCUCGUGUUUUGUCUUGUAUGGAGAUGGCAGUUUGAGAUAGCAUGAAGUAUGGAGAUGGCUUUGGUUUUUCUGAUCUUAUUAUUUUUUUACUAAUUUUUGGUUUCCUUUUUUUUUAAGAAAUUAAUUUCAUACACGAUAAAGGUUUUAAUGUACUAAAAAGCAAAAGGUAAAAUAGAAAACUUGUGAAACAAACAAUUGUAAAAAAAAAAAAUUUAAUGUUAAAAACUGUCUUUUAA